AUGGGGGAAGUUCUGGCUGCUGGAAUACCCAGUACUCCCCAGAGUCCUCAGAGUUCCUACUCAUCUCACACUGUCAUCACAGCCAUCUCACCAAGCAAAUCAGAUGAGAGCUCCACCAGCCAAGAAAAGGAAGAUAGUUCAGCUUCUUCAUCAAAGGUCCUGUCAGACACUGAGAACUUGCCCGUAGACCCUCUAGAUGAGAACGUGACUUUAUUGGUGCAGUUCUUGCUGCACAACUAUCAAAUGAAAGAGCCCAUCACAAAGGGAGACGUGAUUGAUGUUGUCAUCCAAGAGUCCAAGGAUAACUUCCUUGAGAUCCUCAGGAGAGCCUCUGAGCACAUGGAACUGGACUUUGGUGUUGAUAUGAAGAAGGUGGACCCUACCGGCAAUGGUUAUGCCCUUGUCAACAAAUUAGGCCUCACUAACGAUGUGAGGCUCCAUGGUAAAGAGAACAUGUCCAAAACCAGCCUUCUGAUAACUGUCCUCAGUGUAAUCUGCAUGAAGGGCAAUUAUGCUACUGAAGAGAUCUGGAACGUGGUGAAUUUGAUGGAUUUAUAUUCUGGGAGGAAACACUCCAUUUUUGGGGAGCCUAGGAAGUUCAUCAUGAAAAAUUUGGUGCGAGAAAAGUACCUGGACUACCACCAGGUGCCCAACAGUGAUCCUCCAUACUAUGAAUUCCUUCACGGCCGCAGAGCCCACACUGAAACCAGCAAGAUGAAAUUGCUGGAGUUUUUGAUCAAGAUCCAUGAGUCUGAUGCCAGGUGCUUCCCAUUCCAGCAAGAGAAGGUUUUGACAGAUGAAGCAGAAAGAGCCUGA